GCCGAGCAUUCCGUCUCGUUCUUUACUUUGAUUGGAUAUUUUUCUGUGAGACGCUUCCGAGGUGGGGCGGAAGUGGCUUUGCGUGCUGCCGGAAGUUGGUGAUGGUUCCUGGUGGUUCCGACGUGGUUGGGGACCAACCGCCUCCCCCAUGCGGGCCCGGAGACAGGGCCCUUCGCACAAAGCAACUGACAGACGCCCUUCAAAGAAGCUAAAAUGUGACAAGAGAAGUCUGGCAAAACUGGAGAUACAAGGAGCCAGCAUCUGUGGGAGCUCAAAAUGGUCGGCUGAUAAAGCCACCUCGGAAGUGAAUUUGCCCAGCCUCAGGAUGAUGCUACAAAGCGAAGGGAAAGAGAUGCCAAAGAUCCAAGGGGAUGACCUCAGCGUGGAACCUUUGGCACCAGGCACCGACAGCAAAUUUCCAAGGGCUGAUGGUGAAGCUGUCUUCCAACCGCAGGUACAGAAUGUGGAGGAGGAGGAGGAGGAGGUGGAGUCAGGGGAAGAGGAGAGCUGCGGAGCUGGGCUGUCAGACGAGUCUGAGAUGGAACCAGAUGUGCCAAACCCAGGAGUAGAGUUGGAUAACAGCGUCUUCUUGAACGAGGACAGCAACCAACCACUGCCGGUGGACCGAUUCUUUGGCAGUGUGGCAUUUAUGCAGGACCUUCCUGCUGCUCCUCUGUCUCGUCCUACUGCCAGCAGGCGAGAGUUCAGGAAGGGACACUUUAUAGCCAAGGAGGACGAUGAAGAGGAGGAGGAAGUCAUUUGAGUGCCAAGCAUAGACCCAACCACCCUUGGUAGCUGCAUCUGUUUUUCCUCGACACGACGAUUAAACAUGUAUCUCACUGUUGUGGCGUUUUCUAGAGGUGCAUCUCCUUUUUCAGAAACGUUAACUAUCCCGAUACAGCUCUGAGACAGCACAAAACACCCAAGAGAAGCAUUCGUGGACUGCGGGAGAGUGUCCACUGAAGGACUACGGGGAAAGGCUGCCCAGCUCCUUAACAAGCGAGCAGAAAGUCUGAAAGUUGAUAGGAACAACUCGACUCUCACAAGGAGAGAAGAGCAAGCAGUUGCCAGAGAGGCAGGCAUCUUUGGGUGUGCAAAACGUAGACAUGAAUCGUCAACUUGGUCCAAGUGUGAUGCAAGCAGUGACAAAACACUUGGAGGGUGGGGCUGAGAGGUGUAGUGGGGCAACUGGUAACAUCUCACAGGCUCUUGGACCUCUGGCGUUGCACCAACACAGAAGGUGUGUAAGUGUGUUGCAGAAUCUCGCGGAUGCAGGAAGAGGCACUGGCUCUGGUAGGGACUGACUGUCUGAUCCCAAGCCCUUCGGCCUUUCUUUCCAAAGAGGCAGCGAUUCACUUUGUCUGCAAUAUUUCUUGCACUGCUCGACACCCAGGUUGUGAGGCAACAGCCUGGACUUGAGAGUCUUUGUAGAGAGCUAAUUAAAAACAAUAUAGUCCUUAA